AGAAACAUUCCACAUGGAUGAGGUUCUCUGCAGACUAUCAAAAGAAGUCCAAAAUAGAAAUAAGCGGAUUGUUCAAAUAUACGGCGGACGAGAAAGAGCAGAGAAUUUAGACAAGAAGGUUAUCGUUAUUGUUUUUGAUGGUUCAAAUGAAUUUGAUUUUGACACUUGGGAAGGGUAUCCUUUAAAAUGGAAACAAUGGAGAUGUCCACCUGACGAAGGGGCUAUCGUUUCUGGUCGCGAAAAAUCUGAAUCAUUCGAUGAGGUAAAAGUGUACGAGAUAGAAUCCCUUCUAAGAGAUCAUGCACGAUUGCUGUUCAAAAAUCAUUCAAAUUUGGAAGUGUCAAGCAUAUCGGCAUACCGCUCUCAACAGAAUGGAAAUAUUUUAGAAAAGCAAUGGUGCAUUGCAUUAUAUUGCUCAUGCAAAGGGGUAGUGCCUCUAUCGGAAGAAGAAUUUCCUAGUUCAAUUGAAGGAUGUCCAACUGAUAUCAGAGAGGGGUUCUUCUAUUGGUUUCCAAAUAAUACAGGAAAGGGAUUUUCGAAAAACCCAAAGGAUGUGCUUCAACCAUUGGUAAUGGGUUGUAGUAUUGGAGGCAAGGACAAAAAUUUGGAAGGAACACUUGGAGGUUUUGUUUCGUUUGAGAACGGUGCUGGCCAAGAACGAGGUUUUAUAACAACUGCUCACACAUUCUUCGAUCAACCCCAAACAUCCAGCAUAGAAAUUGUUCAACCAAGUUACGGAAUUCAGAAUGAAAAUAACGUCUGUGGUGUACAUGUUAAAUCUGUAUUUCCAACACAGCAAGAUCAGUACGGUGUAUCAGUCGAUGCAUCAUUAAUAAAACUCACAGAACGUUUUCCUGACAGGGGUACAUUUUCUGGGUAUACAGUUGCAGACUUAUCAAUUUUAGGGUUUAGUAAAGAAAAACCACCAGAAUAUGACACGGAUGAAAUUAGAGAUUAUCGAAAUAACAAACAUGUGAAUGAAAGAGGUAAUGCAUGCUGUAAAAGUGGGACAUCAUCUGGAUUUACAAAAGGAUAUUUGAAACUGAAUGGAUUGGCGGUUAAAUACCAUGAUCCGUCCAUUCCUUUCAGCAAUUCUCCUUCAUUUUGCGGUUUUCACUACUAUUCACAACUGGAAAUCAACCAUCUCAAAGGAUUGAAGGAUUUUGCUCAAGCGGGGGACUCAGGGGCAUUAGUGUUUCAAAUCGAUCCUCAAGGAUGUGAUAAAGAUGACAAACUUGUAUGCAUUGGAAUGGUUGUAGGGGGAACAUCUUUUGGUACUACUGUUGUUACACCAAUUGCUUCUGUUUUGGAUGAGUUGAAAGUCAAGUUCUUACCACUGAAAUUGGAAGCAAUGGAAUGUUGAUUAUAAGGAAUGGUCAUUCUCAAUUAAAGGAUGCAUACAAACAUCUAGAUUUUAAGAAGAAAUAUAUUUUAAUGUUCAUAAAAUUAAGCCGAAUUUUUUUUUUUGUGUAAUAUAUGCGUUGAAUAAGAUUUUCAUUAAACUCUAUACUGUAAACCAACUUUAAUUCGCGUGCGAAUGAUAUUCACGAGUUUCACGAUCUACUUUAAGUCGCGAAUAUUAAUUGCCGUGAACCAUUUAUUUUUCUUUAUUUUUCGUGGAAAAUGUUCCUUUUUCCUGAAAAAAGAAUCGUCGCUGAUUGAUUUCAAAUUGACUAAUCGCGAAUAAAUGAUCACACAGAAAAUAGUUGAUUUAUUGUAUAUUACAGUGUUAAACGAGAAUAUAUCUUAAGAUAGACACGUUACAGCGAUUGUAUUUGGAUCUAUGGGAUAUAUAUGUCUUUUUUAAUAAGUAACCUGUAUUAUUUAUAUCUGCAGCGUUUGGUUGAAAAGUUUUUCUUCAGUGAUUGCAAACAUUAUAUUUUGUGCAUCGAUCAAAUUAUAUUGUUAACGUAUUAUUUGUCGUGAAAAUUGAAACUGUCAUUUGUAAGGUAUAAAUUUAACAAUCAAAUAACAAUAACCUAAUUUACCGGGAAAUGGGGAGAUGGGUGAUAACCAUAACUCAACUGCAAGUAUCAGUUUUGGGAACUUUACUUAACAAAGAGUUUUCAAAAUAAAAUUUGAUUGUUCCUUUGCGAAAUAGAGGGUAUAUUGACAUUCACAAUAAUGACUCACCUUUAUUUAGAAACAAUUAAUUUAGAUCCCAAAAAGGGAUUCUAAAUUCGAUCCCAAUUCAUUCAAAAUUUCAUAAUUCAAUCUUUGAGAAUAAGUGGAAUGAAUAUUCUAUAUCGAUGAUAAUUCAAUAUGGAAAUAUAAAGUUUCAAAAUUCUCAAUAUGCAUGACAAAAAGAUUGCAGAGUACAAAUAUUCACUGCUUAAUUGUCUGUUACAAAAAUAAUAAUGCAAGUGUAAGUAAAUGGAAUAAAAAUGAAUCACCACUGUGUAAGUUAGGUAAUAUAUUAGAAGAAACUGAAUAAUUAUUUUCCUGUGCAAUUACACAUUUUAAAGAGAAAAAAAGGAUAUUUUUAAUUCAAAGUUGUAUGGAGAGGCAGCAUGCGGGAAUUUAAAAACGAACAUGUAUUGUGAAUAUUCUAAUUUCAUUUUUAUGCUUUACAAAAUAUAAAUGUUAAAGAAAAUUUGAAUUCAAUAAUGA